AUGGCAAUAAGUUCAAUCCAUCCUCCACCACCUCCUUUGAUGAGUUUUGUUAACGGUAGUAUGCGUCAUCCGUUAAAUCGUCAUCCUCCACCUCAACUAAUGACUGCCCCAAACAACAAUUUUAAUCAAAAUAAUUCAAAUCCAAAGCAAAAUAAUCGUUCUCGUAAUCAUCGUAAUCAUAAUCGACGUGGUAGAACAAAUCGUCCUUAUCGACAUUUAGCUGCUCCAGCCCCGAACGCCUAUCAUCCCUAUCCUCGACCACAACAUCCGUAUCGCCAACGUUAUCAGCAAUCCCAACAACAAUCUCAAACUCCUCAACAAGCAAGAACUCCGUUAAUAAUGAGUACUCCGCCAGGCAUGUCGCAGGCCGAGUAUGAAUUACUACAUCUUGAACAAGUCAAACGUGAUAAAGAAAAAUUAUUGAGAUGUGGCAAUGUUUUGGCACCUUCUAAUACAACACAGUUUAUUAUUCAAGAUCAUAACAGAAAAACACCAACACUGAACAAUGGUACCGGCAAUCAAACACUAGUCACACAUCAAGAAGGACAACAACAGACUUCAGGUCCAUCAGUUCCUCAUAGUUCAUUUGAACAAUUAUUUGAUGAUGUUGAUGAUGAUUGUAUAUCAACAACAUCAGGUGAAGGUGAAUCGUCAGAUAUGGAAGAAGGAAAAUUGAAUUAUGAAGAUGAUUUUAAUGAUAUUUAUUAUCAAUGUCGAUAUGAGAGAUAUAAUACAUUUAGUCGUAGUGCUUUAUUAAAAGAAGUAAUGUCACUAUGUAUGAAUGUUGAUCGAUUACAAUAUGAAAAAUCAGAGUUAGAAAAAAGAUUGAAGGAUUUACAACAGCAGCAAUUUUACAUGUAUCAACUACCACAACAAGUAAAAAACGGUCAGCAACCAACAAUGCAACCAGUCGUACCAGCAGCAGUUACGACGAAUGAAGAUAAUACAAUUCAUACCGAAGCAGAAACAACAACACAAAUAUCUAUUGAUCCUUCUCGAGAAAUGAUUCAACAAGAAGCUAUAAUAACAUCACCACAGCCACCGAUUUCGUCGGAAGAACAGCAAAUUGUUACAUGA